CUGAUCAUUGGCCGCGCCGGCACUGUACGAGUCCUCUUCUGCAUCCAUUUCCACUUUGCAGGGGCCAACUGUGGGACGGUGCUUGCCCAUGGGACGAUUUGGCGCGAAAACAGCUGCUGGGAAAAACUUUAUGUGGGACCUCAGCCCACGUCGGUUCCGAUCAGCGACAGCCCAGCUGGCCGUCACAAAUAUGAAAUACUGGGAAGCUGCCAACACUUUUUCUUUACUUUCCUCCCGAUCAAAAAAGAGUUGCCCAGACUCAAUCGAUCGCCGAAGAUGAAGCGCAAAGCCAGUUCACGAAUUGACGACAAGAGAGCGUCCAAGAAGAAGACCAAGACGACUCUCUCGGCCGACGUCGCAAAGUCGAGGUUCCGCAAGGGUCUCUUUGACAAGAAGGCCCACGACUCCUACACAAAGCAGUACGCCGAAUCGAGCCCGUACAAGCACUCCGUCAUCAACGAGCUCGUCGACGACGCCCUGCUGCGCUCCGUCCGCGACGAGAUCCGCGAGAACGUUUCCUUCACCCCCAAGGAGACGGACAUUUAUAAGAUCCACCAGUCUGGCGACCUCGCCAACCUCGACGGCCUCGACGAUGACGCCCUCGCCAAGCUCCCGAGCCUGCUGUCGCUGCGCGACGCCAUUUACUCCGAGACCUUUCGCAACUACGUCUCCCACAUCACCGGCUGCGGGCCCCUGAGCGGCCGCAAGACCGACAUGGCCAUCAACGUCUACACCCCCGGGUGCUACCUCCUCUGUCACGACGACGUCAUCGGCAGCCGUAAGGUCAGCUACAUUCUCUACCUCACCGACCCGGACAAGCCGUGGAAACCCGAGUGGGGCGGCGCCCUGCGUCUGUUCCCCGUCCUCGAGCAGGAGGGCAAGGACGGCGAGAUUGCAAAGACGCCGGCGCCCGACCACACCAAAGUCAUCCCGCCCGCGUGGAACCAGCUGUCUUUCUUCGCCGUGCAGCCUGGCGAGUCCUUCCACGACGUCGAGGAGGUCUACCACGCCGAGUCCAAGGCCCAGCUCGAGGCCGAGGGGGGGCGCAUCCGCAUGGCGAUUUCGGGCUGGUUUCACAUUCCGCAGAUCGGCGAGGACGGCUACGUCGAGGGGGCCGAGGAGAAGCAGGUCAAGAACUCGGGUCUCAUGCAGCUCCAGGGCAACCCGGACCAGCACGACACCCCGCGGGCGCGGCCCGUAAAGGUGGACAGGCCCAAGGCGAGCCUCGAGGGCUUCGACGAGGCCGGGCUCGAGUUCCUGCUAAAGUACAUUGCGCCGACAUACCUCACGCCGGACACGCUGGAGCAGAUCUCUGAGCACUUUGAAGAGAACUCGAGCAUCACGCUCUCCAACAUACUCUCCAAGAAGUUUUCCGCGAGGUUGAAGGAGUACAUUGAAUCCCAGGAGAAAUCCAAACCCCUCCCGGACAAUGACAGUGAGGCCAUCGAAAAGAAAUCCGCGUGGCGCGUGGCGCGACCACCGCACAAGCACCGCUUCCUCUACCAGCAGCCCGCGGGUGCCCACGAGCUGCGCAGCUCGCAGGAGGAGAACCCGCUCACGGAGCUCCUCGACCACCUACUCCCCUCGCGGCAGUUUCGCGAGUGGCUGCAGGUCGCCACGGGGACCUUGGUCGAGAGCCACGAGUUCCUCGCGCGCCGGUUCCGCCGCGGCCAGGAUUACACUCUUGCGACAGGGCAUGACGGCAAGCCCCGUCUGGAGUUCAACCUUGGCAUCACCCCGUCCAAGGGCUGGGGCGACGAGGAAGAGGAAGAGGAGACCGGAGAGGAGGAAGAAGGACAAGAAGAAGAAGAAGAAGAAGCAAAAACCAACGGCAAAUCGUCAAAGAAGCGCAACAAGGGCAAGGGUAAGGCUAAAGCUGAGCCGGAACCUGAACCGAAGGAAGAGGAAGAAGAGACAGAGGUCGGCGGGCAUGAGGUCUACAUGGCGGGCGACGACGGUGAGGAGGACGAGGACGCGGCCAUCUACAAGUCCUCGGGCGACGACGACAAUAUCCUCUUCUUCCAAGCCGCCGCGUGGAACAAGCUGACGCUCGUGCUCCGCGAUAGCGGUACGCUGCGGUUCGUAAAGUACGUCGGACGCGCUGCCAAGGGUGACCGGUGGGACGUCUCGGGCGCGCUCGACAUUGAGGACGAGGAUGACAAGGACGGCCAGGCUGGUGGGUCUGGCGCACAGGACGAAGACGAGUCCGAGGAUGAGUGGAAUGGCUUCUCUGACUCCCCUGCUGGGCAGACGAGCGACAGCGACUGA